AUGCUCCAUUUGCGUUCCAUCGCAUUCCGUAGUCCAAUCCGGCAUUUCUCAUCUACAAUCCCAGCCCUCAGGAUGAAAGUCGUACCUGUUCUCGUUAGCGCAGAUAACUAUGCGUACCUCCUCAUCGAUGAGCCUAGCAUGAAGGCAGCGGUGGUGGAUGUGUUAGAUGUGGAAAAGGUACAGGCUGUAGCUGAGAAGGAAGGCGUGAGCAUCGUCGCUGGGAUCACCACGCAUCACCAUCAAGAUCACAGCGGCGGAAACAAGGCAUGUUUGUUCCCGAUUGUUUCUACGUAUCCUAGUAUCCCCGUGUAUGGAGGAUUUGAUGUGCCAUCUAAAACUGACCUCGUUGAAGAUGGUGGCGAGUUUACUGUUGGUGAUAACAUACACGUUCAAUGCUUGGCAACUCCUUGCCAUACCAAGGAUUCCAUCUGCUACUACGUAACGGACACCAGCAAUAAGUCUCAGGCCGGCGGUGUGUUCACAGGGGACACCCUGUUCUUAGGCGGUUGCGGUCGUUUCUUCGAAGGCACGGCAGAGCAAAUGCACACAUCCCUUUCCAAACUGGCAACGCUCCCAGACGACACGACCGUAUACAACGGUCACGAAUAUACCGCUGGUAACGUUGCAUUCGCCAAGACGGUCGAACCCAACAACCCAGGUAUCGAUCGUCUUAUCAAGCUUGCACAGGAGAACAAGGUGACUACUGGUCUGUCGACCAUCGGUGAUGAGAAGGAGUGGAAUGUGUUUAUGCGUUUGGAUCAAUCUGCCAUAAAGUAUGCGGCCACUGGUGCAGAGGAACCCAGUGCUGUUAUGACCAAGUUGCGCGAGCUGAAGAACAACUUUAGGGGGUGA